UUUAAUUCGUCACAUUUUUAUGUCUGACAAAUACUAUUUCAGGAGGAUUUCUUAUUACAUUCAACAUAUCAUCAAACGGUGAUCAGGAGUUGCAGGCACCAUUUGAAAAUGGAUUUGUCCCACUUGAAAGCAUCGUGUCAGAAAUGACCAAAGAGGGGAUAAUCACACAGGAGGAAUAUCUUGCAACAAACAUUAAUGCCUACCUUAGGAGAACGACAGAAGAUUUCAAGGAGCCGUUCACCAGCGACCUGCCGGGAAUAAAGGAACUAGGGCUGGAACUGGUGUCGAUAAGAUCAGUUAAACAUUAUACGCCCCAUCCGACAUUCGAUGUUGUUAACGAGGAUACGACGGACAAGCUCAAAUAUUCCGAAAGGAUAGUUGCUAUGGUCUACCCAUGGUUACAUGACGUAAUUUACAGAGGAUUUUCGAAUUCCAGAACUGAGGAAGAGAAAAAGAUGAUUAUUGACCAAUACUUCCGCAGGAUACAGACAUACGCAUUUGAACAUUCUGAUUUUAAACCAUACUUAUUCUUCACAGAGGUUGUAGUGAAAAAGAACAAAUAAUUACAUUAGGUCACAUUUGAUUUCACGGUGACAGCAUAGCAUAA